AUGUCUUUUGUGCAUUAUGUAUUGUUGGAAGAUAAUGCGAUCCCGAAAAGAAGCGAGUGCGAAUAUGCCGGAUCUUUGGAACAAUACAAUUUAAUUUCUGGCAGCUUUACAAUAACCAUCGACAUUACAAGAUAUUUAAAGAAAUAUACGGUUACAACGAGCACAUCUAAGAGGAUCAUUGUAACAGCUGCUUUGAAAGGAAGCAACAGAGAAAGUGUACGAGGAAAGAGCGUGAGAAUAGGACAGAAGAAUGCGAAUCGAGCAGCUACUGGAGCGAAAACGUCCACAAGACAAAGGACGCAAAGCAACAAUCACAGUAACAUCAGUGAACUGUUGGACAAUCUACUUCGUGGUUACGACAACAGUGUUAGACCAGACUUUGGUGGUCCACCGACCACGGUUGAGGUCGACAUCAUGGUACGCAGUAUGGGUCCGAUUUCCGAAGUUGACAUGACUUACUCGAUGGAUUGCUACUUCCGGCAAUCGUGGGUUGAUCGACGUUUGGCUUUCCAAGGCGGCAAAGAAACUUUGGCGCUUAGCAUAUCCAUGCUGGCGAAAAUCUGGAAACCGGAUACAUACUUCUACAAUGGUAAACAGAGUUAUUUACACACGAUAACCAGCCCGAAUAAGUUUGUCAGGCUCUAUAAAGACGGCAGGGUUCUCUACAGCUCCAGGCUUACAAUCAAAGCAGGAUGCCCGAUGAACCUUGAAAACUUCCCGAUGGAUACACAAAGAUGCCCGCUACAAUUUGGCAGCUUCGGUUACACGAAGAGGGAUGUGGUAUACAAGUGGAACAGUGCGAGGCAGGUAGCAAUCGCUGAAGAUAUGAAAUUAUCUCAAUUCGAUUUAGUUGCCAACCCAACUGCCAAUUAUUCUGCGCCUCCAACAUUCUCACACGCCGAGUACUCGAUGCUACUGGUAUAUUUUCAUCUACAAAGGCACAUGGGUAAUUUUCUCAUACAAGUAUACGGACCCUGCAUUUUGCUAGUUGUUCUUUCCUGGGUAUCUUUCUGGUUAAACAGAGAAGCCACUGCAGAUCGUGUUUCACUUGGAAUAACAACCGUGCUGACAAUGACGUUUCUAGGAUUGGAGGCGCGAACCGAUCUGCCGAAAGUUCCAUAUCCCACUGCCCUGGACUUCUUUGUGUUUCUAUCGUUUGCCUUCAUUUUUGCCACCAUUAUACAGUUCGCAGUGGUUCACUAUUUCACGAAGUACGGGUCCGGAGAGUGUUAUUUUAGCUCGGAUCUGAGCGAAAGUGAAUCGUCUAGUGACGAAGAAGAAACAGAUGCGAGAUCGUUGAAGAAAGAAUCGACAUCGCAGACACACGCAAGAACUUCAGAAAGCCUAGCUACAAAGGGGCAGCCCAGUCGAAAUUUUACAAUGAACGAGGACGGCAUGAUCGAAGUGAUUCCGCUGUCAGCGUUUCCAGAACCCAUCAGGGACCCUGGAUUGGGACAUUGGCAAAUGUCCUGCGUCACCUGUAGUCCUGCUCCUCCUCGUCAAUCUCCGCCACCUACAAAAACAUCUGGAAAGAAGCGUCGUAAAAGAACACCUAGAUAUAAUUCCGUUUCGAAAAUUGACCGUGCAAGUCGCAUUAUGUUUCCUGUGUUCUUCUUAGCAAUAAAUGUAUUCUAUUGGUACGCGUAUCUGUCAAGGAGCGAGCGUAUUAAUUACUAUAACGUGGACUCGAACGUCACGUGAGGAAAGCUAUUACCGAACGAAGCAAAAGCCAAUCCCGUUCAUGUCAAGGAAGCUCAAAGAAAAGUCCGUUUCGUUGAUCGACCAAUUUAUGAUACAAUAAGCAAGCGUGUAACAGUAAUUACAGUAAAGUCUCUCUACUUGGUAAUACCUCGAGACGAGUGUCAACUAUAGCGUAGGCAGUAGAAGUAUUCAAAUGUUUUAUCCAAAUGUGUGAUAAGGAAAGAAAACAUUGAGCGAAUGGAAAAAGAAUGCCAAGCUUAUUGUGCGGAAAGAAAACAGUAAUGAGCGAGUGAGAAAUUCUUGUUGAGUGAAAAUAGCAAUUGUCAAAUGUAGUACAAUUACAUGAUUGCUAAUAGAGAAAUAAUUGUAUUUCUUGUCUCGUAUACACCAGAGUGGAGCAUGAAUCGCAACGAAGAUUUGUUCUCAACGAAACAUGAAUCUUCCAUCGUAAUAUCGCUGCUUUUACUUGUAUCGAAUGAAAGCAACGAUGCUUAUCAGGUUUCGAAAAUUAACACAAUGUUCUGUUAAUUAAACAACAGGUCGUCACAUAAUUUAACUUCAGAUUUAUAAAAGGCUAAACCAAAAAAUGACAUUUUCAAAAAGGUAUUGCAACAGAAGGCAAUAUUGUUAAAAGUACUUGAAAUACAUAAAAUAUUUGCUCUCCGCUUGUACAGAUUAUCCUGAUCCACGGAAAUGGUACUUAUGUGAUCUAGUUUAUUAUUUACGUUAUCCUUCAGUUUCUGUAACAUAGAAACAUCCAAAACGUGUGGUUCCAACAUGGUUCACGGCUUUUAUGUAUUAUGGUGAGUUAUUUAUGAGAUAUGGUGAAAUGGAAAGGCAGGAAUAGCGAUUUAGAAAUAAAAAAUUGAAACGUUAAAUUAUGCAAAAAAAUGUUUUUAAACUAUCAAUAUCAAAACAGAAUCCCGAAAAAAUAUAAUACGCAUUUUUAACUGCCAUGACGUCAAUCGGUGCUCGUUUUAAUGCUUUGAUAUCACGACGAUUGUAAGAAAAUGGCUUUGCAGUUUUAUGUAAACGGGAGAAAGGAAACAAAUUCUCUAUGGAACGUGUUACGUUCAAAGUCAUAUACAGGGUUUACCAUAUAAAAUGUUUCUAGUCCUUUACCCCAAAAUUAUAGCAAAUAUCGAUUUCGUAUUUAUUUUUAAUGAAGUGGGAAAGCGGUAAUCAUUUGGUUUGCCACAAAUUAUUUUAAAGUAACUAAUCGAAAGGUAAAAGGUGUUAAGUUUAUUUUAUUGGUUUACAAUAUUCUCUUCAUAUAUGUGAAAAAGAUCUCUACCGUAAGAGUAAAAAUUUUAUCCCCACCACUAGGGGGAUCCCCCUCGGAAUCAGUCAAGAAUAAACACGAUCAGUUGCCGAAAUAACGAGGAUCGAAUAUCGAUGAGGCACAUACGAAUGCAAGCAAAGGAAAAGAUUGCAAUUUUCUUAUUUCUUACUAUUUUUACAUGAAACUUUUACUGUCGUAUUUGUCUAGUUUUUCUGAUUAAAAUGAUACCAAACACGAUAUGAUUACGAUUGUAAUUAAUUAUGUAACAAGCCAUAAAAGUUUCGGACUCCCGCUUACAACAAACUUUACAUUUACGGCACAGAUACGAAUUCCUCCUAACGGCUUGCUAUAUAAGUAAUUAUGAUUUUAAUUAUACCGUGUUUGGUACCAUUUUAAUCAGAAAAACAAAACGAAUACGA